AUGGUUCACGAAGCAAAAGCACCAAAAUUAUCAGUAAAACAUAAAAAUAAAACGGAAAAGUCGGCUUCUUCUGCAUCUUCGUCAAGCAGUAGCUCGUCUUCAUCUUCUUCCAGUGAUUCUUCUAAGAAUGAUGGGUCUUCCAAUGAUGAAGAUUCUUCCGGUGAUUCUUCCAGCGAUGAUGACUCUUCAAGCAGUGAUUCUUCCAGCAGUGACAGCUCUUCAAGCAGUGAUUCUUCAAGCAGUGACAGCUCUUCAAGCAGUGAUUCUUCCAGUGAUGAUGACUCUUCAAGCAGUGAUUCUUCCAGCAGUGACAGCUCUUCAAGCAGUGAUUCUUCAAGCAGUGAUUCUUCCAGUGAUGAUGACUCUUCAAGCAGUGACUCUUCAAGCAGUGAUUCUUCCAGUGAUGAUGACUCUUCAAGCAGUGAUUCCUCUAGUGAUGACGACUCUUCCAGUAGUGACAGCUCUUCCAGUGACUCUUCUAGUGAUUCCUCUAGUGAUGACGAUUCCUCCAGUGACUCUUCCAGCGAUGAUGACUCUUCUAGCAGCGACAGUUCCUCCAGUGAUUCCUCUAGCGAUAGAGAAUCUUCUAAAAAUGAAAAAUCAUCUAGUAGUUCAUCUAACGAUGCCGCUUCAUCCAGCGAUUCAUCUAUUAGUGAAGAUUCUUCUACUGACGAGAAAUCUAAUAUUAAUGGUUCGGAAUAUGAUAAAUCAUUGGGCAGCAAUGGCAAUAAUAAGAGAAAGCACGAUGGACAAGAAGAUAAGGAUGAGGAGCCUAGUAAAAAGAAGCUUGUUAUUUCAGCAGGGGUUGAUGAAUUAAAGCCAGGGCAACGCAAACAUUUUUCCAGAAUUAAUAGAGAAAGAAUCAGCUUUGAAUCCUGGGAUUUAGCUGAUAAUACAUAUAAAGGUGCUGCCGGUACUUGGGGGGAAAAAGCUAACGAAAAAUUGGGUCGUGUUAGAGGGAAAGAUUUCACAAAAAAUAAAAACAAAAUGAAAAGAGGUUCAUAUAGAGGUGGUAGCAUCACUCUGCAUUCUGGAUCUUACAAAUUUAAAGAUUAA